CAAUUAGUCUUAAUUACGCCAUCUGUUGCAACGGGAACGCGCGCGUGUAGUGGCAGUGUUUACAUAAGAUUACCGGAGUCUUUUGGAAGUUUGUAAGAUGUCUCAAUACGAGGGCCAGCAGGAAUAUUGGAAUCCGAAUCAGGGAUUCCAGCAGGGACAGGCGGAUAGCAGUUACAACUUCGAAAUGCCUGUUCAGCAAGAGUUCGGCCAGGAACUGAGUUUCCAGUCGUUCGAAGGCGGCGCCGAGAAUGCCGCGACUGCUGCUACCUCCUCCUUCUCCGCGGAAGGAGUCAACAUCUAUGGAGCUAAUCCCUAUCUGAACCCCACGUCUCACUACGAUGCAGGAAACAUGAUGACGCCCAACGACCAGGAGAGCUUCGUCGCAGGAGACGACGAGUUCGCGGAUGAACCUCCGCUCCUCGAAGAAUUGGGAAUCAAUCCGGACUUCAUCAUGCAAAAGGUGAAGUAAAUCAGGUUUGAAGCU